AUGGCUCGACUUGAAGAUGACGAAAAGAGCAUUCCGACGGCUCGUAACACGCCGGCCGAGUCAAUUCAAGACGACUCUGCCGGCCUGGCCACGAUCGAGCUGAUCAAUACCAACAACGGACGGCCGGAAUGCUUCAAAUCGACCACCCAAGAGAUACUGUUCGUAUUGUCCGCCACCAUGGCCAUCGCGAUGUCGGCCUUCUUGACUGGCGCGGUCACGGUCACAUCAGCAUCGAUAGGGAGGAGUCUCGACAUGACAACAGCUCAAAUCACAUGGAUCACAUCAGCCUUGUCCUUGAGCAGCGGCGCCUUCUUGCUGCCGUUCGGUCGAGUGGCUGAUCUCUUCGGUCGCAAAUCGUUGUUUGUCGGCUCACUCUUCCUCUUUUCAAUCUUCUGCCUUGCCGCCGGGUUCUCACACGACGCCAUGACAAUGGACGUCCUGAACGGAGUCAUCGGUCUGUUCACCGCAUCGGCCGUCCCUCCAGCCGUUGGCAUCCUCGGCGUCGCCUAUUCGAAACCCUCGAAACGCAAGAACGCCGCGUUUGCUUGUUUCUCAGCCGGCAACCCGCUCGGCUUCGCAUUUGGAACGAUAUUCGGCGGCGUCGCAACUCAAAUCGUUGGCUGGCGUGGUGCCUUCUAUCUAGUGGCUCUCGUGUUCCUCAUCUUUACAGUCGUGGCGUUCUUCUGCGUACCCGCCGACUUCACAGCCAAGGAGCCCUUAACUUUCGAGACGCUCAAGAAAUUCGACUUUUUGGGAACAGUCCUGACGAUUGCCGGCAUCGGCAUGUUCUCUGCCGCCUUGACGAUGGGAUCCACGGAUGGCUGGACUGCACCCUAUGUGCUAUCACUCCUCCUCAUCGGGCUGGCUUUGAUCGUCACCUUCAUAUUCUGGGAAAUGUGGUUUGAGUACCCACUCAUGCCGAUGGGAAUCUGGAAAGACCGGAACUUCUCCCUCGUUCUGGCGAUUCUGGUAUUGGGAUUCUCGGCAUUUACCAUGUCCAGCUUCUUCCUCUCUCUCUACUUCCAAGAUGUCUGGCACCUGUCCGCGCUCAUGGUAGCCGUCUACCUUUUACCCAUGGCCACCAAUGGCGUCCUGGUGAACAUCUUCGCCGGCUGGGCGCUCCACCGCAUCUCGAACAAGAUCCUGAUGUGUGCAGCGACCCUCUCCUUCGUGCUGGCGUUCCUGCUCUUCGCACUAGCCACCGAUGGCCAAGAAUACUGGAAAUUCUACUUCCCAGGUCUGCUACUUGUCGUCGUUGGAGCAGACAUGGAGUUCAACGUGACAAAUAUGUAUGUCAUGUCUUCCAUGCCGCCGGAACAGCAGAGCACCGCAGGAGGCAUCUUUCAGACUGUGACGAAGCUUUGUAUGACCAUCGGCCUCGCACUAGCCACGGCUGUGUUCAACUCGGUCCAGAAGAGGCCGGCGUUGUCUGGCUACUGGGAGGAAGAGAGGCAGCCUUACGCGGCAGUGUACUGGUCGUCCUUUGCUUUUGCGAUGGUGAGUCUGCUUCUCGUACCGUUGCUCACGAUUGGAACGCAGGGAGGGAAGGAGAGGUGCAAAGAUGGGGUCGUGGACGAUGGAGACGUGGGCGGACAGACCGCGGUCGAUGUGACAGAGGUUCAGACACAUCCCAAGCAGGAUGUAGUCGAUGGUACACGGCCAUGUACCGAGCUGAAAGUCUGA